AUGUAGCUCAAAGAGUAAAUUUAAGCGGUAACAUUUUGGUAAGAUGUACAGCAUUAGAGUGCGAUGUUUACCAAGAAAAGCUUAUUUCGCAGGCAGGAUAAUGGGAGGAACAGGAGAAUGGUGCUCUGGGGAUUUAUUUCCCACUAAAUUAAGUUUUCUUGUUUUUAUAACAUACAUGGCGUUAUUUAUAAAUCAGGGCAUCCUGGUUACAGCAUCAAAGACGUCAGAUAAUAAGUACAUGUAUAAUACAGUCACAGUAGUUCUGUUGACCGAGUGCUGCAAGUUAGUUCUUGCACUAAUUCUGUAUUUGAAAGAUAAACCUCUCAAGGGCAUGUUUCUUGAAGUGGCAAAAAAUUACCAAGUGUUCCUUCUGUACUUUGUGCCCUCGGCUCUCUACUGCCUGUAUAAUAACCUGGCUUUUGUCAACUUGGCCACUUAUGAUCCAACCACCUAUUUCCUCUUACUCCAGUUCAGAGUGGUAGUCACUGGGGUGGUCUUCCAGGUCCUUUUCAAGAAAAAGUUGAGUGUGAUUCAAUGGAUGUCCAUGCUUAUGCUGACUGUUGGAUGUGUAGUCAAAGAAGCGGAACAUGAUGUAUCUUCACGCAAUACAGUGCAGCAUGGGGGCCAGUCUUCUUGGCUGCAGAUCAAUCAUUUUGGUAAGAUGUACAGCAUUAGAGUGCGAUGUUUACCAAGAAAAGCUUAUUUCGCAGGCAGGAUAAUGGGAGGAACAGGAGAAUGGUGCUCUGGGGAUUUAUUUCCCACUAAAUUAAGUUUUCUUGUUUUUAUAACAUACAUGGCGUUAUUUAUAAAUCAGGGCAUCCUGGUUACAGCAUCAAAGACGUCAGAUAAUAAGUACAUGUAUAAUACAGUCACAGUAGUUCUGUUGACUGAGUGCUGCAAGUUAGUUCUUGCACUAAUUCUGUAUUUGAAAGAUAAACCUCUCAAGGGCAUGUUUCUUGAAGUGGCAAAAAAUUACCAAGUGUUCCUUCUGUACUUUGUGCCCUCGGCUCUCUACUGCCUGUAUAAUAACUUGGCUUUUGUCAACUUGGCCACUUAUGAUCCAACCACCUAUUUCCUCUUACUCCAGUUCAGAGUGGUAGUCACUGGGGUGGUCUUCCAGAUCCUUUUCAAGAAAAAGUUGAGUGUGAUUCAAUGGAUGUCCAUGCUUAUGCUGACUGUUGGAUGUGUAGUCAAAGAAGUGGAACAUGAUGUAUCUUCACGCAAUACAGUGCAGCAUGGGGGCCAGUCUUCUUGGCUGCAGAUCAAUGCAAGCAUCGUUCUCAUACUGCUGCAAGUAUUUUGUUCCUGUUUUGCAGGGGUGUACAAUGAGUAUUUAUUGAAAGAUAAAGGGUGCAAUAUACAUUUAAUGCUGCAAAAUGUUUUUAUGUACAUUGAUUCUAUCAUCUGCAACAUCAUCAUACUUGCCUGUACUGGAAAUCUUCUUACUGCUUUUAAGCCAGACAGCCUUGCAAGUGUCUUCCACUGGAAAGUUCUGGCAAUAAUACUAAAUGGGGCUGGGAUCGGCAUUGUAACAAGUCUGUUUCUAAAGUCUUUGAACUCCAUAUUGAAGACUUUUGCAAGUGCAUUAGAAUUAAUGUUUACUGCUGUGCUUUGUUGGAUUAUAUUUGGUAUUGCCAUUAAUGCCUAUACUGUUGUUGCCAUUUUGAUUGUAUCAGCAUCUCUAUUGUUGUAUUCAAGAAAUCCAGUUGUCAAUAGAGCUAAAAAUGAUCCAGACAAUACUGAAGAAUCUGUAGAAGUAUCUGAAACAAAUAAUAAACAAUCAGAGGUUUAAAUUUUUUGCAACAAUAUGAUAUAAUUUUUUGAUAUAACAUACAAUUAACUUACCAUUUUUGAAUUUUGAUUUGUUAGUAGUACAAGUGUAUCACAAUUCUGUAGCACUAAAACUGCAAAAAAUUAAUUAAGUAAAUAUGCCAACAAUCUGAAACUUUUGGGAAAUUAAGUUAUAUUUUUAUGUCUUCCAUAUUUAUCUAACAUAUAUAUUAAAAUCAUGUUUUCUCUUUUUGAAUUAUAUAUGUAACUCCUAGGGUAAAUAUAGCAGUUGAAGAGCAUUAUCAUGGUCCAGUGAAAGUUCAUUCUACAACAUUAUAAAAUUUACCUCCCUUCAGAUAUUUCAACCUAGUUUGGAAGGUUUUACAACCUAUAACCCAAUCUGGGUUAACAUGGAUGCAGUAUGAUAAUCAAAUAAUUUAUUUGAUCACUUAGCAGUGCCAAGUUGAUCUUAUCAGGGGCAAAUUGGAGUACUGCUAAUAUUUUAAAAACAUACUUACAAGUAUUUGUAUGUAUAUGUAAUGAAUGUAUUGAAACAUUUGAUCUGAUAUAUAUACACACGAUGAAACAAGUUUUGAUUGAGAAUUUCUGUGGGUAUAGGUAACACGAUGUAAAUUUUGAAAGUGCACUGUAAGAUUAAAGGGAUAACAACCAUGUGUAUGAGAUCUAUAUUUCACAAUAAAUAAAUUGUAAACAACUCGUAGAAAUAUAAAAUAUUCUAUUCUAUCACAAAAACGACAGUGUUAAGCAUUUAUUCUGAAAUCUGUGCUUGUCAUCAGACAACAUGACAAUUUUUUGGACAAAAUGAACAGUUGGUAUCCUUUUAAUCUAUCUAAUCACAAAAUCUAUGGUAUUUUUUUUUCUUAUUUUCUUGACAGAGAGUAGGUGCUUAACAAUGUCCUAAUUAUUUUUAAAGACAUACAUUAUAUGUGUUUGAAUAUAUUCUUAUUCUGUCUGCCCUUGUUGUUACAAAUUAUACAUAAAUCUGUGCAACACAUCUGUUAACCAUGUAUACAAAACAAUCUUUUUUUUACUUUGAAUUUCUGGGUGGCUUUGUUUAAAAAAUCAGCAUAAUAAGAUUAUUUUCACAAUAGUUGUUGAUUUUUCUAUGUAUCUUGGUGACAUUCACUCUCUUAGUUUCAAAGUAUAUAAUUUUGUUUUUCUUAAGUUCUGACCAGUAUAGUUUUCUUUAAUAGAAAGGCAAGUACCUUAAAAUCUUCAUGACUGGAUAAUUUUUUUCUAAACUUUCUAAAAAAACUAUUUUACUUUUAUUUGCAUGUAGUUUUUGAAACUCUCCCUUUAAGUGCCAAACUAUAUUUCAGUUUUAUUUGAAUUUAAUGGGAUGCUUUGUUUGAUUAAAAGUGAGGUUGAGUUUGAAAAUCAUGAUUGGUUUAAAUUCACAGAAGCUAUGGUACAGUUUGUGGUGUUGUUCAGUGUUCAUUACUGGGUUAUGCAGAGGUUUGUAAC